AACUAAGCUCCUUUAGCUGAUAUUGCUAGAAUGCUUUAAGAAUUGAGGGAAAACUUAUUAUUGUAAUAAUAAUAAGCUGAAUUGAAACACGCAGCUGAUUAAGCUGAUUGCGCUGCUGAAAUUGCUGAUUAUAAUAGAAGAAUUGAUAAUGCUUCCAAUGAAAUCAGUGAAUCAACAACUGAAAUCACAGCCUUAUCUGCCUAAGUCUAAUAAUUGGAAAGCGAAAUUGAAAACAUCCAAGUGCAAUUGGGAAUCCUUAACGAUUAAGAAGAAACCUUGAGAACACAAAGAGCAAAGGAUACUGAAGCAUUUGCUAAAAGAAUCAAGUCCACUGCUGAUGUGGCUGAAGCUUUGAAUGUUGUUGCUGCCAAAUUAUCGGCAAUUCAACCAGAAUAAGACCCAAAGGCUAUUUUCUUAGAAUUACAUAAUAUGGGUAAGAGUAACCCUAUUGCUGCUUUGGUUUCCAUUGCUUCAGCUUUCUUAAAGGAAAGUUUAUAAUAAACAUAAGAUAAGAUUGCUGAACUCAGAUAAUCAAUUGAACAAUCUGCUGUUGAUGACUAAGAAGCUGAAGUCUAAGCUUAAAUUGAUUAUUAAAACUUGUUGGCUUAAUUUGCUGAUUAAAGAAAGAAUUUCUAAAAUGCUUUAAAAGAUAAUGAAGCAAUGUUAACCUAAACUCAAAAUGCUUUGGGAGCAUAAAAAAAGAGAAAGGAGGAUACUGGUAGAGAAUUAGCCACCGCCACUGCUGGAAAGACUUAAAAGGAGAACGAUUGUGAAGCUCUUAGGACUUAAUAUGCCAGAGACAGUGAAUAGAGAACCAAAGAAAUUGGAAUUAUCAAGAUAAGUUGAAGAAAUAUUGGCUACUAAAUUAGAAGGAGCUUCAGGGUACUUAAAGAACAGAAUUAAUUGAUUGUUUUUCUUCAAA